UUCACUCGAAGCUCAUUCUCCGGUGCAUCUGCGUAUUCCAACAGCACACUGAAAAUCACCAGACUAGGAUGUAACCAUUUCCACAUGUUUUUUACGCUUUCUUUCUUUUCCUCAUUUUCUAUUAUAUUUUUUAAUCACUUAUUGUUAUGCAAGGAAUAACUUUUACCAAAAAUGAUCGGGAUAUACUUUUUGUGCCGACAAAGCAAAAACUGUUCUGAAUGCAAGACCUAUGUGAACCUCUCGAAGGGAUUAUAACAUCUGGGUGGUGUUCGAUGCCCACGGCUGUCCCACUGGAUAUCGGAUUUAUCGCUUUUCGACAGAAUGGAGGGCCGGGAUUUUGCUCCACCGCCUCACCUUCUUGCUGAUCGGGGCGCGCUGGUUCACCGCGCCGCCUCUCGGAUAGCUCCUUCGGGGCACAGUUCCGUGCAGCAUCCCGGCCACUUCCAGCCUGGAAAAUACUACCCAUCCCAUAUACCAAUGGCUCCGCAUUCAGGUGGGGGUCUGAUGGGGAACUCGUCGGCCUCGUUCAUGGGGACGUUCCUGGCCAGUAGCCUGGGCUCGCCCCCCUCCCACCACUCGGGGCCCCCCUCCUCCCCCUCAUCGCCCUCCUUCCGUGGGGCACCGCACUCCAGCGCCUCGCAGAUCUGGUUCCCCCAUUCUCAUGAAGCCCCAGGGUACCCUCGCUUUUCAGGGAGCCUAGCCCCCACCUUCCUUCCCAUGAGCCCCCUGGAUCACCAUGGCAACAGCGGCGUUCUCUACGGGCAGCCCCGUUUCUAUGACACGCAGAAAGAAUUCUAUCUCCGCGGUCUCUCGUCGCAGCCCUCUCUGCUCUCCACCAAUCACGGCCUGCCGGGCCUCUCCCGGACCGCGCCCGGCCACCCGCUGGGCUCCUGCAGUCGGGAGCAGGACCCUGGAGGAGGUGGAGGAGGAGGUGGAGGAGGAGGGCCUCCCCAGCACAAGGGCUCUAAAGAGGGGCAGUCGGGCGAGCGAGGGGUGGGGUCCUCCGGGAAAGACAAGGAGAGGUCCGCCAGCAGCAAGCAGGAUGCCAAGGAGCGCCAACAGCAGCAGCAGCAGCAGCAGCAUGGGCAUCUUCAAGGGCACCACGGGCACCUCCUGCAGCAGCACCCGCACCACCCGCACCACCCGCACCACCCGCACCAUCAGCACCCCUCCACACACAACCCGUCGCCGCUGGGGGACGAGGACCCGCGCCACCCGCUGGAGCGGCACAAAGGCCUCCACCCGCACGCGUCCGAGUACAAGGAUGAUGCCAACGCGGGCAAUGCCAAUGGGAACGGCAACAACGCCACCGUCGCCGGUGCCCAGGGCAAACACCUGAGCGCCUGCCUGCACCUGAACGGCAAGAUGCAGAACGGGAACGGGGACGCGGGUGGUGGCGUCGCCAAGGGGGCACCCGGGCACGAGGCGGGCAUCGUUGGGGGGUCGGCGGGCAGCGGUCAUCAACACCACCACCAUCGAGGCAGCCGGUGCUGUAAGGAGGGCGUGAGCGGGGACAUGCGGAUCAGCGAGCCGUCGCUCGUCCCCUCGCCCGCCGACUGCCUGCGGAGAGGCUCGGUCACCCUGGGCCACCCCGGGCACACGCACACGCACGCACAUACGCACGUGCACCCGCACUCGCACACACACUCGCACUCGCACACUCCGCACGCGACGCACUCCGCCGUGGCCUACGCCAUGCACCCGCCUCCCCCUCCGCCUCCUCCUCCGCCCCUUGGCAUGGCCACCGCCAUGGGGGGCGCCUGGCUACCCCACCACCCCGCCCACGGGCACCCGCACCCGCACGCUCACCCGCACCACCCCGAGCUCUACUGCCCUCCCCCGCCCUCGCCGCUCUCCCUGCCCACCUCCGCCCAGGACAAAGGUCACCUGUCGUCGCCCUCGUCCAGAGACCCCAAAGUGACCGGCCCGACGUACGUGCCCUCGGUCAGCCCCCUGGGGGACAAGAGCAGCGGGCCCUUCCAGCUGGGGAACCCCCACUGCCGCGGCGGAGGAGGAGGUGGAGGAGGUGGAGGAGGAGGUGGUGGCAGCAUCUCCAGUGGAGAUCCAGGGAAGGAGGCCAAGUCCUCCGGGGAGAAGCCCAGCGGGGGAGGGGGCGGCCGGGGGAGCGGCUCGGCCAACGGCCCCCCCUCCUCCUCCAACCAGACUCCUCCCUCCCAGUCGUCGCACCCGGCCAGCAGCUGCCAACGGAAAUCCGGCCAAUCACAGCAGCCGCAGCAUCAUCAUCAUCAGCAGCAGCAGCAGGAGAAGGCGUCGUCGCACGCGGCGUACGGGAAGGCGGACAAGGGCUCCUCUGAUUGGCCGCCCGGCUCGGCGCACACGACGAAUCACGCGCAGCCGCAUCACACGCAGCAGCACCCGCAGAGGUCGUCGCAGUCGCAGUCGCAGCAUCCGGCCGCGCGGUCGUGCGGAGGGGAGAGCGUAAACGGCGGAGGCGGUGGCGGUGGCGGUGGCGAGGCCGUGGACGUCUACCGGCCCUCGAUGCCCCAGGGCGCCAAGGCCGGCGUCCACCCGACGCCGCACCACCACCUGGCCAAGAGCGGACUGUACGCCAGCACGCCACCCUUUCGGGACUGUUCUCACUCGGGCCGCCCGCAGAACGCCUCUUCGUCAUCGUCGUCAUCCUCCUCGUCCGAGGGGAAGGGUGGCGGCGGCGGAGGAGGAGGAGAGGGCGGAUGCGGGGUGACCCGUGACGGGCAGAAGGUUGCUAGGAUACGGCACCAGCAGCACGGCGCGUCCGGCCCGGAGCAGACGCACGACGGGAAGCAGCGGUCAGUGGAGGGAUCAGCGGUGCCCCCGCUGGUCUACGCCAGCCACCCGGCGGUUGGCAUCCCCCCCAGCGGAUGGGCACCACCGCCACCGCCUCCCCGCGGGCACCACCACAACGACCCGCACAAGGCCUACCUGGACUCCUUCAGCAACGGUUCUGGAUCGAGUUCCGGAUCGGGUUCCGGUUCCGGUUCCAGCGUGAAGACCCACGUUCCUCCGCACACGACGCGGCACGACGCGACGCCGCACCACCACCACCACCACCAGCCCCCGGCUGCCACCCCUCCCAACCCGCGGGACUCCUCCACGGCGCCCCCUAGCGACGGGGGCGGUAGCACGGUAGCGGCGGGCAACAGCGCCAACGGAGGCAGCGCCAUGAAGAGCCUUAUGAAGUACAGCAGCCAGCCUCUGUCCCUCUCCCAGCAGAAGAGCCCCUUCGGCGGCCUGGGGUGCCUCAAGGGGCAGAACCGGGGGCAACAGAACUCCGGGGGAAACCAGGGGGGCAUCUGCCCGCUCCAGGAAGGUGGGCACACCAAGCAGAGCCUGCCGCCGAGGCGAGGGUCGUCGUCGUCGUCGGGGGAGGGGACGGACUGCGGCGGGCGGGCAAGCCGGGAGUCGGGCGACUCGACCGGGGAGGGCGAGGUGCGCCAGCCUCCCGUCGGGAUCGCUGUGGCGGUCGCCAGACAACGGGAGCCCCCGUGCCGCCCCCCCGACGUGCACGUGAGCCACGGACGACACGGCAGGGUACUGCCCAGCAUGAAAGGUGUGCCGCGGUCCAUGUUCCCGCUGGAACGGGAGCUGGAGGAGGAGAGGAAGAGGAUGAGCGAGGAGCAGCUGGGCCUGCCCUCCCUAGACCGCGACCGCGAACUCUUCAUCAGGGAAAACAAAGAGCGGGUCGAGUUUGCCAGGAUCCACCCGUCCAGCAGUUGCCAUGGUGACCUGACCUCUCACCUCAUCGUGCAGGGCGGGGCUUCCUUGCAGGCUAGCCAAUUGGGAGCAGACCCGUCUGCACACGCUCACCCGGCCCAUCAUCACUGGAUGCCAAGGACAGGAAGUCCCUCCCUCUGGAUGACAAGCCACUCCUAUGGCCUGAGCCACGCGGCGCUGCACCAGAACCUGGGCCCGGCGGGCUUCUCGGCGGCGGCCAUGCAGCCCGUGCUGCCCCUGCCCCAGGACCCGUCCGCCGCGCUGGUGGUCCUGCCAACCGAUCCCACUGCCCACCCAGCUGCACACCACCUGGAUGUGAUGGAGCAGCAGGGUCUGUGGCCGCCCGUCUACGGUGCCCGCGGCCCCGCCUCGCACAUGCAGCAUCCCGCCGUCUACUCCCGCUCCCAGUUUCUACGGCAACAGGAGCUCUACGCGCUGCAGCAGCAUCAGCACCAGCAGCACCGAGCGGCGCAGGCCAUGGAGCUGGCCCACCGGCACUCACACGCACAGCGGAAGCCAGAAGACCCGCCCAUGGAGCUUGACGACUCGACCCACCAAUCAGAGGCCAGAGCCCAGAGGCCCUUCUCCUACCCGUCGUCCAAUCGGAGCUCGGCAUCGCCGGGGUCCUGCCCUCCUCCUCCUCCUCCUCCGCCAUCGUCGUCGUCGUCAUCGGCGACCGCGACGGCUCGCCUCUCCCCGUGCUGCCGCUCCCCGGCGGCCGUGCGCCCGCACCCCAAGAGCACGCCGUGCGCGGCGGGCAGUGCCAGUCCGGCCGUGGCGGCGCCCCGUUCGCCCGCCCUGAGCCCGCGGCCUGCGCCCCCGCACCCCCCCACGCGCGCCGACCCCCAGGAGCAGAGGGCCGAGGGACAGCCCCCGCAGGACUACCCACAAUCCCUCGAGCCAGACCUUCCUCCAGGAUACACUUACCCGGCUAUCACCAUGGGUUACAAGGCUGGCCCCUCCCCUCAGGAAAUGCGAUUGGCCGAGCACGCCGGCCUGGAGGCGGAGCAAGCCGAGCCUGCCGAGCCCACCCCGCAGCCUCCGGCACUACCACUGGCACGGACGCGGGCCGAGUCCGGCUGCCGCGACUCCAAGCCGUGUUCUGCCAGGACUGACCAGGAAGUGGACGUGGACCGCGGGGAGGUGGAGGAGGUGCAGCGAACGAUCGGAGAGGAGGUCAGAGGAGGAGAGGCAGAGCUGGAUGGAGGGGUCAUUUGCGCUCCUCCUCCUCCUCCCGAACGCCCCCAUCAGCUCCUCCGACCUUUCACCUCCUCCUCCUCCUCCUCCUCCUCCAGGAACGCUCCCAAUCCGGGGUCCCCCCAGGCCGCCGCCGCACCUCCUCCUCUCAAGCAGGAGCUGCGGGGAGCAGGAGACGCAGCCGCCACGCUCCCUCUCCUUCAGGAGCAGUCGGCCACGGUGGCGGCGGCGGCGAAGGAGGUCCGGCUUCCGGCUUCGCCACGGAGCGAGGAGGAGACGCAGGAGGACAUGCGGCCAGGAGGAGUAGCUGGUGUGGAGUCCAGUCAAGUCCAGAAACAGAAACAGAACCAGAACCAGAGUGGCCGCUGCCCAGAGCCUCCGGCCUCUCCUGCCCAGGAGGAGGUUGAGGUCUCUGGGGUGGCUGUGGAGGAUCACCCCUCUGUGAGCCCCGUUGCUUCUGGAGCCUCCCUAGUGGAGGUUCUCCAGGGUGACCCCGAGGAGCAGCAGGAGCAGCAGGAGGAGAAGGAGGAGCAGGUGGAGGUGCAGGAGGAGAUGGAGAAGGAGGAGAAGACCCAAUCACCUCCUUACUACUCCUCUCCAGCGCGUUCUCCAUCCCUGGUCGUCACGGCGCCAGCAGCAUCAGCAUCAGCUGGAGUGCCCAGUCCGGCCGGCGUGUCCGGUUCCGUGUCGGGUUCCGUGUCGGAGCUCGGGCAGCAGUACCCCGGCUCGUGCAUCUGGAGCCUGGAGCUGUUGAUCGCGGCGGCGCUCUGUGCCACGCGGGACGCUGCCCACCCGAUGCCCGGGUCACUGGGGGUCGGGUCGUCGGGGGCGACGGUGCCCACGGCGGGGUGCCACCCUCACAGGGGCAUGGAGCUGCUGAGCGAGAUGGCAGAGCUGGAGGCACAGCAGCAGCAGAGGAGCAGCACAAAGGAGGAAGGAGGAGACGACCAGCUGACCUUUGACCUUCAGAGUCUGGCAACACUGGCGGCAGCUCGGGCGCUGGAGUUUGAGUCGCCAGGGGCAACGGAGAUGGGCGGCGCCAACAAGUGUCCGAUCCGCCGCACCCUCAAUCUGCGAAGGAAGUGCAAGUGGACACCUCGCCACGAGCCGGUGUGUCCAGUGAAGGGCGGUCUGGAGACGAUGGAUGGGGAGGAGCUGGCCAUGCGCGUGCGUCUGGCCGAACUGCAGCGCAGAUACAAGGAGAAGCAGAGAGAGCUGGCCAAGCUACAGAGGAAACACGACCACCAGAAAGAGGAGACAUCUCGCAGCCCUGCUCGUCGAGGGCCUGGUCGUCCACGGAAACGCAAGUCUGGCUCCAGUGGUCCUACCGAGCUGCCAAAAAGAGUCAAGUCAGUAGGGGUGGGGCUUAGUCUGCUGGGCGGAGACGAGGAAGUGGGCGGAGUCGGAGAGAGGAAGAAGAAGAAGAUGACCAACAGCAGCUACGAUCGCCACGGAGCCACUCAGGUGAAGGUGGGCUGCAGGCCCCGUGGUCGGCCGUGUGUGCUGAGCUCCAAGCUGGCCCAGCUGACUCAGCAGGCCCGGGGGAAGCGCUCUGGAGCGCGGCCUGGAGGCCUGCUCUGCCACAGGGAGAGUCUGUCCAGCCCCGGCCCGGCCUCGGAGCGCCUCUCUGGGGACCACGCCAAGCCCACGGCCCACAAGACCGGCCCGGGGAACCAGGGAGGAGCCCAGAACCACACAGCGGGCAGCGCCACCUCUGGUGGGCGCCAGGACUGGGCGGGGCAGCGUUUGAUGAUGCGGCGGGGUCGGAGGGCAAAGGGCACGCCAGCGCACCUGCAGGUGGGGGUCAGGAGGAGGUCAGCCGACGGCCGGCCAGAGAGCGCCGCGUCCGAGAGCCAGUCCUCAGACCAAGAAGAAGAGGAUGAUGGGAGCUACGACAGCGAGGAUGGCCCGGACGGUGCCAGAGGCCUGUCGUCACGGGAACAGCUAGUCGGCAUGGUGACCCCUGGGUCCGCCUCCUCGUCUGUGGUCAGGAUGGAGGCCAAUCGGAAAGCGGAAAAUAAGAAAGAGAGACAGGGACAUAUGGCUCACGCAUCAGGUGAGGUCAUGAAGGCUGGUAAGCGGCCGGUGGGUCGUCCUCCGCUGCGCUCGGUGGACAGGAAGCCCCUGGACGUCGGGUCCGGUGGCGGCUGCGGUGGCGUCGGUGGUGAAAGGAGGAUCAGGACGGGCUCCCGUUGGAGGUCCGCCGCUGCCGCCGCCGCCGCUGGGUGUUUCGGACGCAGCCGCGGCCUCAAGAGCGUCCCCUCGCCCGCCGACCGCCUCAAGAAGGCCACGCGCAAGAGCGCCCUGCAGUGCACCAUGGGAAAGAGGAGAGCGUGCAGGCUUGGAGCCGCCCCGUCGCAGAAUGAUGACAUCAGAUGGAGCCGAAAGGGCAGGAGUAAACAGGCUAAGGGCCGUGCGGUGAGCCGCUUGCUGGAGAGCUUCGCUGCCGACGAGGACUUCCGCAUCGACGACAACUCCAGCUUCUCUGAGGAGGACGAGGAGGCAGAGAACACACACAGAGAACUACCACCAGCAGCUCUGCCAGACUGUGUGCUGACUAAGGAGAAGCUGGUGGACGGACUCAAGGUGCUGAUCUCUAAAGAAGAUGAGCUGCUGUACGCGGCCUACGUCCACACUCUAGAUCUUCCUGACAUAUACAGUGUUGUCAUAGAGGGCGAGAGAGGGAAUCGUCCCAGGAUCUACUCCCUUGAGCAGCUGCUUCAGGAAGCGGUUCUGGAUAAGCGAGCGGAGUCCGUGGCGGUUCUGACUGAAGGAACACGGGUGUGUGCAUAUUGGAGCGAACGCUCCCGCUGUCUGUAUCCAGGAUACGUCCACAGAGGAGGUCCUGGGGAGGAGGAGAAGGAGGGGAGUGUGAUGGUGGAGUUUGACGAUGGAGACAGAGGCUGGAUCUCUCUUCAGAACGUCCGUCUCCUGCCCCCCGGAUAUCAGGUCCACUGUGCGGAGCCUUCUCCUGCGCUAUUGGUGUCUCCGGGGCGACAAUGUCGCCGGAGCUCCACCCAGGAGCGGUCAAGUGCGCAGGCGGAGAGCGCCUCAGACAGGCAGGCCUGCAGGGACACCAACAAGACCAUCGCAAAGGCCAGGCCAGGGAGACCAAAGUUGGUCCAUUCCGGAACAAAAGCGUGUGCUUCCGAGAGCAUGUCGGGCAGCUCCGCGCCCCUCCUGGGAUGGCCGGCCAUGGCCAUGUCCCGCAAGAGACCGCUGGACCUCUUCCACUUCAACGGGCUGCCCAGGAAGGCGCCGCGCGGUGGCCGGGAGUCUGACCUCUUCCCCCUGGCGUCCGCGCCCAUGUCCAUGCCCACCAAGAGCAUCUUCAACUCCUCCUUCGAGGUGGAUUCGUUCAGCAGCAUCGCCAACGGUUACUCGUCGUUCGGGAGCCAGCAUCAGCACCACAGUCAGAACCACCACCACCACCACCACCAUCACCAGCAUCCUCAUCACCCACACCCACAUCACCCCCACCCUCAUCCCCAACAGCAGCAGCAGCAGCAAGGCUCCAUCUUGCCCCUGGGUCACCACAAGAGCAGCAGCACCUACAGCCGGGGCCGCAAGCCAGGGGGCGACAGGAAGGAGUUCCUGGUCAAGCUGGACCACGAGGGCGUGACGUCGCCCAAGACCAAGAACGGCAAGGCGCUGCAGCUCCUGGGGGGACACGAGUCCACCGCCGCCGGCGCCCGUCUGGAGAGGGGCUUCGGGGCGAAAGGCCUGAGCGACGUCCACCACCACGUGGGGUACCCCCACCCGGGACUGUUGGCGAAGGACAGCAAGAAGGGAGGAGGUGGAGGAGGAGGAGGUGGAGGAGGAGGUGUUGGUGCUGGAGGUAGCCGGACAGAGCUGUUGAUGAUGAAAGGCUCGUCCCAUGCCAGGAAGCCUCACCUGGGGCUGGGCGAGUUCGCCGAGUACAGCGGGGGAGGCAGCAGCAGUGCCGCCCACAACUGCCACAGCGACUGCUCCUACUCGGACCUGGACGAGGAGGACGAGGAGGUGGAGGAGGUGGAAGAGGAGGAGGAGGAGGAGGAGGCGGCGGAGGUGGUGCGGAGGAGGGCGGCGGCGUUGGCGGCGGCGGCCCGCGGGGAGCUGCGCUCGGCCGGACGCUUCCUGUCGCGCCUCUCCGUCUCGUCCUCGUCCUCGGGGUCCUCGUCCUCGUCCAGCUCGGGGUCGCUGUCCAGCUCCAGCCUCUGCUCCUCGGACAACGACUCGUCCUACAGCUCCGACGAGGAGGAGGCGUCCAGGCUGAUGCUCCAGGGUUGCCUGUCGUCACGGCACCCUCUGCUCCAACAACAACAACAACAACAGCAACAACAACAACAGCAGCAGCAGCAGCAGCAGCCACAACAGCCACAGCAGCCCUUAGACCAGGCCUCCGCCCCGGCUAGACACGGAGGCUUCAGCUCCAAGGCCAUGGCAACGUCGGGGUCCAAGCCCUCCGGCAACAACGGCGCGGCGAAGCCCCCCCGAAGGAAAGAGACGCCCAGCGCUCCCGCCGCGGUCCUCUCGCCUUCUCCCGCCAAAGCCAGCAAAGAGGCGCCCAAGCGGCAGAAAGUGGCGUCCUCGUCGCCGGACAACUCCCCGGCCACCUCCCCUUUCAUGCCCGGCAGACAGCUGUGGAAGUGGUCCGGGAACCCGACUCAGAGGAGAGGUAUGAAGGGGAAGGCCCGUAAGCUGUUCUACAAGGCCAUCGUGCGGGGCAAGGACAUGAUCCGCGUCAGCGACUGCGCCGUGUUCCUCUCACCUGGCCGGCCGCACCUGCCGUACGUGGGCCGCAUCGAGAGCAUGUGGGAGUCCUGGGCGGGGAACAUGGUGGUGAAGGUGAAAUGGUUCUACCACCCCGAGGAGACCAAGCUGGGCAAGAGGCAUCGCGAUGGCAAGCAUGCCUUGUACCAGUCGUGCCACGAAGACGAGAACGACGUCCAGACCAUCUCCCACAAGUGCCAGGUGGUCGGCCGCGACGAAUACGAGCGGCUCAGCCGCGCCAGGAAGCCCAACAGCCACAGCCAGGACCUGUACUACCUGGCCGGCACCUACGACCCCACCACCGGCCAACUGGUGACCGCCGACGGCGUGUCCAUCAUCUGCUAGAGGUCACGGAAAGGAGACCCCCUUUUGGGAAUUACUACUGAAAGAGUGACGGAUACCAACCAACCACCCAUGCCUCCCCUCCUCCUCCUCCCAACACGAAUAUGGUAACAGGCAGGGGGGGUGGGCGAUGAAGGCUGGGACUGACCCACAACACAAAAAGCUGUCCGUGCCAUUGGUGUCGUUGGGCGCUGACCGCCCCCGUCCCAUUCUCUGUGCGGGGAGAGUUGGGUCGGACGGCGGCACGGCUGCCCACGCCAGCUGUUGUGGAACGGCAGCGUCAGGUGGCAUCCUUGGUGUUCUGCACCGUGGAGGGAUACAAGGGGCGAUAGAACCCGUCGGGGGGCGGAACUAGAACACUCAAUCCUGAGCCCCCCGACCUGAACUAAAGCCAAGGAACGUAACUCAGAGAACACGGUCAAGCACUGGAGUCUUCUACAAGAGAAGGACAUUGAUACUGACCUUAAGAGAACGAGAUGUGUAUAAAAAAAUAUAAAGAAAAGAUUAUGAAAAGACGAAAAAGGCUUCAAUGGGAGAGUGGUCUUUGGGAAAAAUGGAGUCUCCCGCUCCCUACACUGGUCUUACAGGUUUCUACAUGCUCCAUCAGGACCAAAAACACUGUUGAACUGGGGUGUAAUAUGGUGUUUGUAACUACGUACGUCUGAGAGAUAACGUGUGUGUGUGUGUGUGUGUGGGUGUGUGUGAAAGAGAGGAGGAUAAUGUACAUAAUACUGUGUGUGAGUGCCCAAACGACCGCUGACUCGGAAAAAGGAAUUGCGUGCCAGACGGAGUCGGGCCUUAUCUGUGCCAGACGAGGGCCAGAGGGCAGCCGGAUCUGGGCCGGAUCUGAGCCGGAUCUGGCCCAGGUGUGUUCGGCACGGCCCCAGUGAUGCGCGAAGCUGAAGGGCCCCUGUGGAGUCAACGUCAAUGCUCACGGUGACUUGACACGAGUGUGUGUGUCUGUCGUCCUGUGCCACUCGUCUCUCACACACACACACACACACACUCACAAACACACACACAUUAUUUAAAAAAAAAAAAAACGCUCCAGUGGGGAUUUCCAGGGAUUGUUUUUGUUUCUUUUUUAAUAAAAAUGCCCAGAUAAAUAUUAUCUUUGAACAAAAAAAAGGAAUGAUUUUUCCAAUCAAGCCAUACACUUCAGUACCUCUCUUUUAUCUUCUUAUUCAGGUGUAUAGUUGUACAAUUGUUUUAUUCUUUGUGUGUGUGUACAUAUAUAAAAAGGUAUAAACUGUAUAUAUGAUAUAAAUGAAGAGAGAAGUCUAUUUCUCUUUAUUGCCCUCGAUUGUGUUAUUUUUUUAAAAAAUGAGAGAACUGUUAGGUUUGAUCUGGAUAUUAUUUUUCUUUAUUAUUUUGUAUUUUUUCGCUCUCUUCGGAGGAUGAUGGCAGGCGCCUUUGCUGCCAUGCCUGCACUGCACACGACCUUUCAUACUUAAGGUCAAAGGUCGUGAAAAGUUGUAUAUAAGGACAGGACGGCCAUGGUCCUGUGACAGAGCAAAAGAGAUGGAGAAAGAGAGAGAGAAAAGAUGGAGGGUAAUAUAAGGCUUUCCAUGUUCACCUCAUUGUUGUCUGUUAAUGUCUUUUAUCUGUUUUUUUUUAUACUGCUUUCUGCUUUGAGUUACUUAUGUUUUUUUUUUGAGAGAGAGAAAAAAAACAAAAACAUUUCUUAUCGCACAGUUGUCUUCAUGGAGUUAAGUGUGGAGUCAUAGCAGAAAAAAAACCCUUUGUGGUCAAAUGCAUGAAAAGGACGAUAAAAAAAGAGAAUCAUUGGUCAUUAAUCCUAUAGGAACACACAGAUCACGUAGUCAUAGAGAAGAUAUAGAAAUCUAUCGGGCCAUGACGUAACGUAAACAUGUCCAAACCAAAGCACCUGCCUAAGGUUACUUGUCUUUAGGAUGCAAUAAUAUUGUCUAUAUUUAAAAAAAAAAAAAAAUCAUCAAAUCAGAAAAAUGUAAUGGGACCCCUGCAAUGCUACUAGACUGAUGUACUUUAUCUAAAAGACAAUGUGCAUAUUCACCAAUGUGCAUUGCAGCUCGUGCAAGAUGGCACUCUGUGUGCGGCCAAAACAGCCAGAUCUGUGGCGAGGGCGUUGUGUCUUAGUACACACAUUUUUAUGUUGUGGAGAGAACCCAAAGGGUUUCCAACGGUAACUGUGUACGGCACAAAGUGAAGGACAAUCAGCACCCAAGAAAGAUGGCAGUUAAUUUUUUAUUUUAUUUUAUUUUUUAUUUUAUUUUGCUUUGUCAACGGAUCGAGUUUAAAAAAAACAAGAUGCUUCGUGUCACUUUUCCUCCUACUUUGCCAAAAAUGUUUCAUUGUUUUACUUCAAGUUCUUUGUUUUUUUUUGUUUUCCAUUGUCUUUGUCUACAUUUUUGUUGUUAUUGCUGUUGUUGUUGUUGUCACUGUUCGAUAUGCAAGCCUGUAAAGACUGUUCAGUGUUGGGGGUUAAAGCGAGCAGAAAGAGUUGCCUUUUAGUUCUUGACGUCGACUAACUUUUUAACAACAGUGUUGCUGUUACACUGCAAAAAAAAAAGAAAGAAAAAAAGAAAAAAAAACGAAGCAAAAGCUUUAAAGUAAAUCAGAUGUGAAAUCCAUGUAAUGUCACUUUUUUGGGUCUAUAAAAGGAGUUAAAAAUGGUAUUUUCUUAAAUAAACAAACAAACAAACAAACAAACAAACAAGCAAAGCAAACAAAUUAACACUGGAUUCAGCUCUGAAUAUAAUGAUAUUGCCGCCUGUUCUGCGCUGGGUGGAGCUGCCUUUCCCUAAGAGGACUAGCGUUCAUGAGACACCCUCUGGCGCCUGGUUUAUAGGGUUGAAAUACUUUGUGACAUUGUUGGAAAUGAAAAAGAAGACAAAAAAACUCUAAGAUAUUUCCUCUGUUUUUUAAAAAAAUACAACAAGUUAUUUAUCUUAAUUUUAUUGCCUUUGUGUUGAAUUUCAUUAAAAAAUGUCAAACUACAA